UACGGCGAACUUGACGUGGCGUCGUUGGCCGCCCAGGGCAGAGAAAACCACGGCUGUUGCUCGGUUUGUUUAGUGCGGGAGACAGUUGUACGUCCGCGGUGUUUGUAGCGUUUACGGACUAAACGGUCAGCUUCAGUGUUGAAUACUAAUUUCUCCUCGUUCACCGACACACAAGACGAUGAAUGGUAAGUCAACGAACGGUACGGCGGGAGGAAUGGCCUGUAUCGAGGGUCUGCCCCCGCUGCCGAAGAGCCUGAGCGGCUUGCUGAACUCAAGCGGCGGCUCCUGGAGAGAAAUGGAGAGGAUGUACGUGAAGAAAACCAUGAUCCAGGACGACCUGAGCCGAGGCAGGAACAACGCCGACAACCUGCUGGCGAACAAGCCGGCCAACCUCGACGCUGCCCUGGCUCUUCUACGGAAAGAGAUGGUGGGUUUGCGUCAGCAGGACAUGUCCCUGCUGUGCCAGCUGUGGUCGCUCCACGAGUCCAUCCAGGAGUACAAGGGCAGCUGCCAGGACCUGAGCGCCGCCUCCAGCCUCAGCAUGAUGGAGAACGGCUACUUUGAUGAGGACGACGAGUAUUACCCAGAGCCUGGCGCCACUCCCACUGGGGAACAGCCGGACGGGGAGGUCGGAGACGGGACGGCAACAAUGGCGGCGGCCAAGAACGGAAGCGGCAAAGACGACAGCUGGGACUCCUUUCACGUUACCAUCUGAGGCCUCAUUCUCAGCGUUUCUCUGCAGACGGGAAGACGUUGUGAGGGUAACAGACUGAGUUCAGCUGGAGGAAAAGUUGUGUGGCUCUGGAAACCUUUUGGCCUUUGAGAAGGGAGUGGCUGGUUAGAGAUAGCAGCUCACGGCGUCUCUUUACUAUAACAGACUCUAAAUGUAAAACACCAGCUCCAGCUUAACUUGUGCUCCUCCUCAGGUGAAACAUAUACCUGCUUGUGCUGCUAGAAUGUGAUUUUUUUUUUUUAAAUUUUUGCAGCGUGACCAGGAGCUUCAUUAAACUGCGGAGCUGAGCAGCAGCUGGGUGUCCUGACAAGUGGCUAGCUAACACCCUCAGAAACACUCAGGAGUUGAGAUGGAUUGUAUUCAAAGCCUCCAUAUACUCGAAAUUAGGCAAUAUAUACAAUGCAUUUCUUUUUAUAAUCACCUCUGCUGCUGCUUCUGUAUCAAGUGGUUUUGCUAGCCAGUCACCCCUUUUUUGGCAGAACGUUUUUUACAUAUUCAAAAUAUAUGAACAAAGUUUUAUUAUUUAUUAUAUAAUAUAAAUAACAAGGUAUUUGCUUUCCUGUUACUCUCACCGGACGUUUUGUACUGCAGCUCUACCCAGGUACACGGGUGCAGCAUUUAUACAAGCUGGAACUGGGACUUCAAAAGUGAACACAGAGGAGGGGAUUUUUGAACUCUGCGAUCCAUGUUGGUGUAAAGAGAUGAUCGACUUCAUGGACAUGUUGAUGGAGGCAGUGUGUGUGUGUGUUACUUUUAAGUGGUGAAAUUAUUCAUUUAAUCCAGAAGGUCUGGGCAGGAAGCUGUCAGACCUCAUGAAUGGAUAAAGAGGUGGAGACCUCAGACCUGCUCACGGUGUAAAAAUGCUUCUGAGCAGAGUGACGUUUGUGUGCAGGGGUGAGGUCUUUGCUUCAUUUGCCUUUCAGGAGGAGCAGAUAUUUGCUCUGAAAAUGUGAAAUUUUCAAAAAUGCUGGAAACAGUUCGAAACUGUUUGCAUGGACGAAAAACCUGGAAGCCCAGUGUUGUAGGCUGAAGAUGCAGGAGUGUGCAUCUUGGCACUGUGGAAGGCCCAGAUUUCGUCCAUGUAACCGUAGGAAUCAAUAAGACUUGGAUCCUGUACAUUGUGAUAAUUCUCGCUCAUUACAGCUUCAGUCUUUAUUCCAUACUUAUAGCCGUUAUUCCUAUAAAUAAUAACACUGGGAACAUGGCAGCAUCGCAGCUAUCAGCUAUCCCCAGAUAUCAGCAAUUACUCUGAGUGCAGUAUCUUAAAUCAACAGCCAAAACUCAGUAAGAAUAAAGCUGUAAUAAGCUAGAAUUAUCCUUCAACAUAGCCAGGCAGCAAGUGCUAACUAAUUAGCAACAAUUGAAUAUAAUCAGGAAAAACAUAACCACCUUUGAGACUUUUAUUCUUAAUAUGCUCUAUCAAGUAAAUGUUGCCAAGAGUUGAGAAACUGUGAUCAACUUCUCACAUAAUUUGCACUUGCUGGUUGGAAAGUAUUUGCAUUAAUAGCAGUGACAUUGAUGGGAAAUCAGAUGAGCAGAAAUCUGAUCGGCCCUCGUGGUCAGUGAGUCACUGUGGCCUUCACAUAGUGCAAACACGAAGCUGUAGCUCUAAACCUGGUAGCAAAUAUCAGCUGAUUACAGGGUACUUUAUAAUGCUUUGUAUCCUCCAUUAAAGAUCGUAACUAAUCUCGUGUUGCUCUGCUGCAUCGUAGCAGACGCCUGGAGUUCCUCUGCACAGGCUCAAAGUCAGGCUGAACAUGUCAGGCAGAUAUAAUCGAUAAAAUGUCAGUGUUUCGUUAUAUCUGCAAGUUUCUGUUUAACUAUCUGAGCCUCAUCCUGAAACUGUAGUAGUGGGAAUUUUCCAUUAUGACUCAGUUCUGGUCUCUAACAGCGAUUGUAACAGAACAAAAUGGACAAAAACCUUCCAUCUUUGACAAAAAUACUCCACAAACGCAGCCUUACUUUCAACUCUAGCUGUCUUUUCUUGCUUGUUGUCCUGCGCCGUGUAUCCUGCGACAGGCAAAGACAUUUGGAUGUGUCAGUAUUCUUACUCCUAAUACUCCUGCGAAUGGUCUGUGCGGUCUUCCUCAAUAUCUAAACUCUGCAGCAAAGGUCUCAGCUGAACCUGUAGCACGUUAACGCCGCGGCAAUACACGACAGCUGUUCUGUCACUCACACUGCAAUACUGUCGAUACCCACCAUCACUUUGAGGAGGCGCAGAAAGUCGAUGUUUUCAGUGAUGUGUUGAUGUUGUGUCUGUACAGAUCACAUGACGUCAUCUGUUUGUAGACUGUUCCACUAUCUGUGUGCUUAUGGAACACAAACCAAAGAAAGUGCAGCACUCAAAGUGAAAUGUAUUUGGUUUUAAGGUGCUGAAGAAGACGAUUUACUUAUCACGAUUGGUUGCAUUUUACUUAAAAGGUACAGAACCUGAUGAUAUCUGAUGUCUUGAAGAAUGUCUUUACAAGUCAUUUUGCCGCUGAUGAAUGGAGUCGGACUCUCACUAAGAACAUUUUUAGGACGUUCAGUGUUGGAGCGAUAACUACGCCUUCAACCCACUCAUAGAAACACUAAUGUUUUCAGUGAGAUAACACAAAAUGUUUGACUUCUAACUACACGGUUGUUGUGAAAUUGAUGUCACCGACUGAUGUAAAAGAUUCAUUAAUUGUUGAACACCAUCACGUCCACACGUGUGUUGUGUAAAGAUGUCAAAGUCAAAGGUGUAGUAACAGAAACUACACAGACGUUACAUCGGUGUAAUGUUAAAGGAAGAGUUCGGCAUUUUGGGAAAUGCACUCCCAUGUCUAUACGUUUAAUAUGAAGCUGCUCCUAGCAUCCAGUUAGCUUAGCUUAGCACAGUGACUGGAACCAGGGGGAAACAGUUAGCCUGGCUCGGUCUGCUGGGAAAAAAAGAAAAUACCAGCACAUCUAAAGCUCAUGUUACAUCUCAGUGUUUCAGUCUGUGCACAAACUAAAGUUUCAAAUUAGCAUAUUUCACAAAAUGUCGAAUUAUUCCUUCAUCAGUUUGAUAUCUGCGGAGAUUCUCCGUUAUCCAGUUCAUGGUUAUCCAAGAAGGGUUGAAUCAAGUACAUCACCCCUCAUCCAAGAAGCUUGAUUCAGUCCCUCUCAGACACCAGUUUGGUCAUUUCUGAGGUAAAAUGAAUAUUUGAAGGGUAUUAGUCCUUUUCCUCUGACUUGGUUUUUUGCUUCUCACAUAUUUAUCUGCUCACUGUUAAAUCCAGAAAGUUUCCCUCUUCAUAUCCACAGUGCAUCUGCACUUUUCUAAAUACAACCACAAAACUAAUAAGAGGCCUCUAUAGAAUACAGUGGUUUAUUAUCUAAUGAGUUGGAUUGAAUGUCUGCCCUCUGUGUUAUUUCUUAUGGAUCUUUCUAAACUUAAUGUCUGUGCUGUAAAGCUGCAUCUGAAUGCUACUAAUAUUUCCUGUCAAAUUACACAUUUCAAGUUAAAAACACCAGUUUUAUCACUGCAAUCUGUUACUAAUCUGAAGCUCAAAGCACAUUUAAUCAAAUUAUCUUAACUGAUGCUGUUUUAAAACAUUUUUAAAAGACCUCUUGACCCAGGCCUUUUAUUGGAUCUCUACACGAUUAGUGCCUUUAGAAACCUUCAGGUCUCAGACCUGUUUCUUGCUGUUCAAGGUGGAGAUGAGAAUUAACCACAAACCAUUUAUACUGAAGUCUGACUUGCUUGACAUGCACUUGGUUUUUUUUAAAAAGCUGCUACGUGUAUUAUUUCAGAUUUGAUGACUUGUGCAGCCUCCUAAAUCCUCAGUGCUGAUGUUUUACGUCACUGUUACAGACGUGACUCAACGUCUGGGUAACCAGUCUAUGUAUUAUUCUCCAAGUACAAAUCCAGAAAAUCCCAGAAAGAGCUGAUUAAAAGGUGCGCCAGGAGAUUUGGAUAAAAGUGUUAGUUCAGUAAAAAGAGUCGGCCUCAUGCCGAGGUUCACUCUGGUCUUUUGCAGGCUCUGCUGUUCUAUCAAAGGCUCCUUUUCUAUUUUAUUGAUGAGGAUGCAGCUGGUGUAUUUUUGAUGCUUCUCCCCUCUGAAACCUGAGUUGCUUCACUCUUCAUUCAGAGUGAGUCAGUUCUCUUCCUCCCUUCCUCGUCAGAUAUUGUCUUCUACAUGUAGCAGCUUUAACCUCCAAAACCUGUAACAGCCUUAAAAUCAGUCAUGUCCUUUGCAAAAUAAUCUACAUGGUGCAAACAAAAAAAACUACGACUACCUGACCCUGUUCGAGUCUAAAUCCAGCACAAAAGAGUUUGAAAGGAGCUUUAAAUUAAACACCAGCAAACUGUACCCGAUAUCGUAUCAUUAGCAGUUGAAUAUUGUGUGUUUUCUACUUUAUAACCCCCGUCUUUUCACAAGAUUAUUGGAUGUGUAAUGUGGUGAUGCCUUCUCAGGGUAAACUUGUGGCAAAUUGUAAUUUGUGUUCUUAAAAGAAACAAUCAACAUGACUUCACCCUGGAGGUACAAAAAAAAAAAGAUUCUUGAAACAUUUCAACACAAUUGUAACGUGACACUUUGUUAUUUGGUUGUGUGUUUUCCAUUCACAUGAAUAACUGGCCAAAUGUACACAGUGUAAAUAUCAUUUUCUUGGUGUGAGUUCCUCUAAAUCAGAAAACAUAGUGUUUCUUUCUGAAGCCACCAUUUUACACCAAAUUUCAACAAUCACCUGGAGAUUUUUUUUUUUUACUUUAAGUGGCUUCAAUUGACCAGAAUGCAACACAGCCACAAAGACAUGUUGUGUUUUGACUGAAGUGCAGGGUACUGCUGCAAUCAGACACGCCUCGGUGUUCACACCCCUGCUUUAGUGGUUGUUCUGAAGCAUUCUGGGAAAUACAGGAAGGGUGUGAAAGUGUGGGUGCGCCUAAAAAUAGCAAAUUGAGACACUUGAACACAAGAUAACUUUGAUAUUUAAUGAGAGGGUGUCAGAGCGGAGAUUUAUUCCUCUAACAUGUUGAUCUGUGUCUGUGUGAUCCGUGUUGCAGCCACUCUAAAAUGUUUUUUGCCUCCUCCGAAAAAGCCUCAAAUGUAUGAAAAGACAAAAAGAAAGUUGAUUGAAACACAAACUCCUUCCACAGCUGACAAAAACUGACCAGUGUUGAUGUUACAUUGGAUCAAACCUGCCACCGAUAACUUAACGAAAGACCAGAAACAUGAAACACGCGUCUCCGUAUUUAUAUAUAUCAUAAUCACUCAUUAAAUCACUAUAGUGAAAAAAGGUGUUGAUGUACUUUGUGUUGCAUAGACAGAAGUUAUUCAGAGAACAUGUGUGAAGGCUGUGUUGUUACCAUCCAUCAUUACUCCUGCUCUUUAAUCCAUGAAUGACCAUACUACUGUUUCUUUGGACAAUAGUCUCAAUGCUUUUCCUCUCAUAGUUAUUAUUAUACUGAUAUUAAUUUAAUAAAGUGAUUCCAUACUUUUCA